CUACGAUGACUACGGGGAUGCGAUAGUUGAGCACCCCAGAGGACCGUGCAAGUUUGCGCAUCCAGGGUACGACGAAUGGGAUAAUGCCAAACGGAAGGAAAUGGCGGACGCAGACGAGGAGUACAGCGACGAGGAUGAAGAGGAAGACAACGGGUGGGGGUACAAUGGAUACUAUGAUGACGACGAAGAAGAAGAGGAGGAGGAGGAAGAGGAAGAGGAAGAAGAGCCUUGGUAUACUGUUCGGUGUCGUUACUUUGAUGACGAUGGGAACGCCGUCGAUGUGUGCCCUCGCGAUACAUACGAGUGCAUGUUCGCACAUCCAGAUCAGGACGAAUGGUGGUCCGCGGUGCGCAGACAAGGCCCGCGACCCCCGCCACCGCCGUUCCGCCGGCGCGCUGAUAGAGCGCCCCGCCUCGAUCGCCCGCGUGCUGAUAGCCGUUAUGGGGUAGCGCCGCCCCCUCUUCGCUUCCACCCCGACGACGACCAGCCCCCGCCGCGGAGAGCGACGCAGCCGAGUUAUGCACAACAUCAACAGGAACGUCGACCACCAGAUCUGCCUCCAUAUAUCGCACUCCCUCGUCCGAAUCCAUACAUCUACACCGCCGCUGCAUAUCGACCUCCACCGCCGAUAUACCAGUUCCCCAUGCCGGCAUUUCCCCCGCGACCGAUAGCCUCAACCUCGACCCUCCCUGCAACGAGUCAGCCUGUGCGGCGAGACCCUCCUCUCGUGACACCACCACGGCCUAUAGGCCAACCGACUCAACCCGAGACGCCGCGCAAGCCUACAUAUCUCCCAGAGGCCAGUACACGCUAUUCCCCCACAUCGACUAUUGUAGCUUCUAGCUCGGCUGGCGCUACCUCCAAUACUGCGGCUGUUGCCUCGACGUCAACCACUCCUCUCAACAGCGCUCCCCCGCCCUCCGAUAAUAACCUCGCCAGCAUUCCCACCGCUCAACCCGCCAAGAAAAGACCGCCACGAAAGCCAUUCAAGUCACAUCCUCGCCCCGUUCCCUCCUUCCCCACUCCGCAAGCAAGGCAGAACGAAAGGGUCCGCUCCAUGCUCCGUGCCCUCCGCCUCACCCUCCACUACAACGCUACCACUGCUGCUUACCAACAAUGGCGCACCGCGCGGCAGGCCGACGAAUACGGACACUGCUCCGCCGCAGCCCGGUCGCAGAUCGAGGCAGUCAGCCUGUCCAAGAAGUGCGCGAUGGAGAGCGCGAGGCGGGAGAUGGAGGAAGCGAUCGCGUGGGUGGGAAAGUUGGAGGCGGAUCCGCGGACGAGGGCGUUAAGUCCCGAGUUCGAUCAUGAGGGGCAGGGGAAGGCGCUCGAGGAGUAUGUGAUGGGGGUGGCGGAUUGGGUGGAGGCGGUGGGGAUGGUGAUGGAGGAGGUGGAGGUGGAGGGGUGUGUGAGGGAGGGGGGUGAGGGUGUGAAGGAGGGGGAAGGGGAGGAACCUGAGGCCACCAGCGCUCUUAACGACGACGCUUGGGACGAAGCCUAUGCACCCCUCGAACAACGCGUCACGCGGCUUCAGCAAGACACGGCCGAAGGCACCCGCGCCAUGGAGGAGGCAGUGGAAGGACUUGCCUUUGAUAUGAGGCAGGCCAGCUCCGACAUGCGACUCAACCUGAAGGAAGGCCUUCGAGGAGCUCGCGACGAGCACCUCCUCGAGUCCACAGCCCAAGCCGCGUCGCAUAUGGACACCCUCCUGGACGCAUCGGAUGGGAUGCGUGCUGAUAUCGAGGCUGUGGCGAAGCAGCUGGAGGAGGAUAUGCAGCGCUUUGAAGCGAAUCGGCAGGCGAUCCAACAACUGAGGGAGGAGAAGGAGCGGAAUUGGGAGUCGGUGAGGAAGUUUGAACGAAUGCAAGCCGAAUGUGACGCAGAGACCCGCGCGAUCGAUGCGCUGGAGCGGAAGCUUGCCUCGCUUAUGAGGGAGUCGACGCCGCCUGCAUCAGCUCGACAUUCCGUGCGAUCUUUGGAGGUGGAUGAGCUGGAGUCCACUCUUGGUGACGCGGAGUCGGUCCGCGAUGAGGAGCCUUCUCAAGACGAGGCCUCUGUUCGCGACGAAUGCUCCACCGUCGAGGAGGAAGACAUCCACUCCGAAGACACCCAUUCCUGUCCGGAGGACGAGGAGGAGAUGAAUGACGGGGAGGCGCAGGACAUGGACUAUCCCGAGGAAGAUGAAACGGGUCACGCCGAGGACCAGGAGCUCGAGAGCCUCACCGACGACCUCAACGACCUCGCCGGUUUCCCCGAAGUGACACCUGACGCCAUUCCUCGCGGCUCUCCCCCCGCCGACGCCAAACGUCCCUCUUCUCCCUCACGUGGCUAUCCUUCCACCCUCCCUGUUGCCUCUUCCACUCUCCCCGAUACCUCUUCUACUCUCCCCAACAGCAGCCCUGCUCGCCUCUCCUCACCAAUCCACCUCUCCACCCUCCUCCCCCUCGUCGAGCGCGCCGUCUCUGAUAUAUUGGACAACGAGCUGCGCGGCGUCCUUUCCAGGGUCCAGAAGAAUGCGUCUGGAUUUGGCCCGGCGCUGAAGUACCAGUUCGAGCCUCUGAUAGCUCGGGCACAGGACGUACUCCAGAGGGUGUUGGAGGACGCUAUGUCGAGCGGGGCGGGAGCUGCGCAGACGACAGGUUCUUAGGCCUGCCGGCCGGAGGAAGUAGACUGACAGGCAUGACUUCACUUCUUCACGACUUUACGGCGCUUAGCGCCUUCUUUUGCUCUCCGUUGUCCAACGCUGUCCUGCUUCCUCGUUCUCCUCGCUAACCUUGUAUACGACUCGCGGAUUUUCUUGGUAUACUUAGAAUACUGUACUGUACACUAGUAUUUAUCUGUAAGUAUACAGCAGAAGAAGAUGUGGUUGGUAACCGUGCGCGCCCAGCGGCGGUGUGUUGAAG